GUCAAUGGCUUUUGGGAGUAUUUUGUGACCCAAUGGUCGAAGUGGGGGAUAUUAUCUUCAUAGUAUAUAAGCUCGGAGAAAUGAUUCACAUGUAUUCAUUACAUCGACGAAAGGUCCAAUCAAAUAUAUGAAAAUAAAUUAAUCAAGAUGAACGCCAAGGUUAUUGUAGUAUUAUCUGCGCUCGCGCUUAGCAACGCGGCUCCUGCAUCUUAUGGUGAUGAAUUACCAGGGCUCGUUUGGCGUGUAGGCCGAUCUCCAAAUGUAGCUUUUGGAUUUGGCAGUGGAUUCAGCAGUAAUAUUGGUGGCAUCAGCCAUUCUUCUAGCAUCGGCUCAUCUUUCCAAAGCGGUGAUGCCAGCGCUUACGGUGCUGGUAUUGGAUCCUCAGAUGGCAAUACCUUUGCUAGAGGCAUUGGUUAUGCAAAUGCUUCACCGUACUCGCACAUUAGAUUACAACAGCCUAACUAUGCUGGUUAUAAUAACGCAUUUGCAAGACCCUACGGCUCCGCUGUGUCAUCUUCUCAAACCCAAAACGGUUUUGGCUCGGCGGUCUCCUCAGUUCAGAACAACGGCUUAGGUCCCUACCAAUCAGCUAUUUCCUCUGCGCAAAACUUGCGAGGCCUUGGAUCUGCUGUAUCCAGUGCUAGCUCAAAUGGUUUUGGCACAGCUGUUUCUUCCGCUGAAAAUAUUGGUGGAUAUGGAUCAGCUAUUUCGUUGACCCAGAAUCAUGACCAAAAUAACUUUGAUUCAGCUAUUUCUGCAGCCCAGAAUAUUGGGGGUUAUAGAUCGAGCACGGCGCAAACUAUUCAGCAGCAAGGUGGUUCUCUACGGCACAGUGGAGCGACCAGUAUCAAUGGACCUGGAAUUCAGACGGCACAAUCUCACGCAAUUAACAACGGCUACUAUUAA